UGCCGGUUAUCGGCAUUUGUCUCCUCACGAGCUGUCACGCUGACAGCCCGUGAGGAGAAGAGAGCCGGUAAUCGGCAUUCCUCGGAGGGGACAUCAGUGCCACCUGUCAGUAUCCAUCAGUGCCAGCUGUCAGUGCCACAUCAGUGCCACAUUUCAGUGCCCAUCAGUGCCACAUCAAUGCCACAUAUCAGUGCCCAUCUGAGCUGCCUUUCAGUGUCACCCACCAGUGCCAGUCAGUGCCACCUAUCAAUGCCAGUCAGUGCCACCCAUCAGCGCUGCCAAUCAGUGCCACCUAUC